AGCCGAGUGGAAAGAGGAACUAGAUUGACUAAGAGUUACCAGUUCCAGUGCGAUGAUGCACUCAAUUUACCAACGAGAGCUUCCUUUACUUCUCAACAAUCUCUUCUUCACAAACAUCUCUCCCUCUCUCUCGACAUUCACAAUCAGUCAUUCAGGAUUACACUGAUUCCCAUUCCUACCCUCCCUCAUAAGCAGAGCACAUCCAUCAUCCACGCCUCACACCAUCUGAUUAUCGCAUGCUUGGCUCUACUUACUCCAGCUGCAGCCAUUCCAGCCCUCCCAAGCAACAUAUAACCCCGAACGCCUUACCCCCAAAACAUUGCCAUUCGUGUCAACGUCGUACUGAUACAUUCUCGUGAGGAUGGCGCAGACCACCGCUGCAGUUCCAACCGGACCAAUCGAAGAUGCUGGCCGACACACAACAUCCAGCCAUCUCUUGAAGGAUCAAGCUGCCAGUGCAGCAUUAUACGUCACCAAACCAGAAUCCCAAAUCAAAAACGGAUAUGAGUUUCUCGACAGUGACAACAAACUAUCAUCUGCUGGCGCAGCAGCUUCACUUAAGUACGCAAGAGCAGACCAACUGCCUAGCUACCCCUCAGCCGGAUUGAAGAAAGACGACUCUGCAGCAGGUGCGGCAGCAAGUUUGGGGUGGGCGAACCAGAAAUCAUUCGAACAUUGGAAACCAGACCCCUCGAAAGCUGCAUCUUCGGCGGCAUUCCUUGCAAAAGACUACAAGAUGGCACCACUUUGGCAACCAGAACAGAGUGCGCAUGGAGCAAAGGCAGCUUUGUUGGCACAUCGAGAUGGGGGAAAGGUCGAGAUCUGGCAACCUGAAGCUUCCAAGUGGGGUAAUUCUGCUGCAACACAAGCGAUGACCAAGGAGAGAGCUGGUGGUUUGGCUGUCAACCUUGAUUAUGGACAUACAGAGCUCGGUCGUCAGGGAUCGUUGCUUGCUGCGACAGGAGCAAUGUCUUCGAGCAGGAAGAGAGCAGAGUCGACACCAGUUAUCAAGGCGGCGACAUAUCCGGACGAGGCGAAUGCGGCGAGUAAUGCUUUGAAUGCUGCGACUUCUGCUCAUAGAUCUCAAAGUCGACGAUCGAAGGUAGAUCCAGAAAUUGGUGCAACCCCGUUCACGAACAUGUCGAGAGAUAUGUAUACUUCGCAUCCUCCAGUCGCACCAGAAGUCGAGGAACAGAAUCGUCAGGAUACGCUGAGGGCAUCUGCUAUUGCUAUGGCGAAGCAGAUGUAUAAUGUCCAACAGAAGCAAAUUGAUGCCGCUACGAGUGCACAAAUUCGUGGAGCUCAAGCCGCACAUCAAAGACGGCCAUCUUCAGUUUCAUCCGCGGACGAAGUCCCACCCAUGCGAUUCAACAAUCUUCAAGAAGCUGCACAGAAAUUGGCCCAGGAGAGACUCUCCAAACUACAUGAUGAGCACAUGACGAAUCGCGAGUAUCGUGACUACUAUGGAAGUACUCCAAAGCCACAAUCUAGAUUGUCCAUAAGGGGAAGAACUCGAUACCGAUCAUCGAGUCUUGGUAACAGCGAUGCGGACCUCGAGCAAUCGAACAAGAUUCGUGCACAAAUGUCCAUCUUCUCGAGCAACAUCUCUCAAGUUGACGCAAAGAAGCGACAACAGGAUCGUGAGAGUCUGAUUGCUGCUGCUCAACGAAAUGUGACCAAGAGUCUUCACAAUAUGGAUGAGAGAGUCUUCCAGGAUACUGGCAAGAUUGCACCGUCUUUGCUCAGUGAAUGGGAAGUCAAGGCCCAUGCAGCAGCUCAAGCUAAGAGCGAUACUCGUAUGGAGAACCAUGGCAAGAUCCAUAUUGGAGGUGGACAGUUUAUCAACCAGAGCGCGGUUGAUUUGGUGGCUGCGAGAAAUGUUCAGCCAGUGCUGGAUGAGAUUAACGAGAAAGCUGAAGCAGAGCGCGAAAGACAAGCUGCAUUGAAAUUGGAGCAAGAGACACAGAAGCGGAAAGCUGCAGAGAAGAAGAUGAGAGAGAAGGAAGAGAAAGAUAUCAAUAAGAAAUUAGCUCAACAAGAUAAAGAAGAGAAGAAGCUGGCUAAGCAAGAGGAGAAAGCUGCCGCGAAAGAGAAGCGUAAUUCAACAAAGGCAGAAGAAGCAGGAGUCGAAGCACCAGCAGCUGCUGUUGUAGCUGAAGAACCAGCAACAACAGAGGAACCUAUUACAGAGCCUUCUGUUGAGCCUACUGUCGUUGAGCCAGAGCCAGAAACCACAACAGAAGAGCCAACCACAACUGAACCCACCAUCGCAGAGCGACGCGAAGCCUCAACUCCAGUCCCCAUCCGCACCUCAAUGGAAGACCAAGCCAGCGUACGCAUGCGCGAAUCCGCCAACGAAGCAAACAAAGACGACGGUGCCGUCACUCCAAUGUCUCCCACCACCAAGGAAGGCGGAAAAGUCAAGUCUUGGCUCAAGACCAAGUUCUCCCGUCGCAUGAGCAAAGGUUCACGACCAGUGAAAGAAGAGAAGAACGUAAAGGAGAAAGAACCAGCUAGUUCCUUCGUCGGAGGCGCGGCACUAACUGGUGCAAGUGCGAAUAACAGCACCGCAUCCCUCACCGCAAAGAGCUCUAGCAUCAAAGACGUCGCGAACGCGUCAGCGAGCGCUCCGGUUGUUGAUGAAGGAGAAGAGUAUAGAGGGCGAACAGAGAGGAGAGAUAGUGAGGUCAGUGCGCUUUCGGAAGAACCUACAGGAGGCAGAGAGGAUGAAGAAUUCCAGGAAGCAAGAGAUAAUUUCGAUGAGGAUCUUGCGCCGCCUCCGACGUUUCCUGCGGAGAAGAGCUCGAGUCCCGUGAGGAGCACGAAGUUUACUGAGGAUAUCUAGGAAGGAUAGGUUAAGCGAGGGGAUAGGGGAAAGAAAGCAAGACGUUCGUUGUGAUACUCUCUUCUGCUCUUUCUUUUAUCUACUUUAUCGCGAUUUGUUUCUGUACAACGACCUUUUCUUUAUUUCUUGGGUGGGAAGGAAAACUAGGCACACAACUUGUGAUUGAGGUUACGAGGGAGGAUAGGAUGUUUGGGAUUUUGUGUGGGGGUGAUGUAUAUAUGUUUUAUUAUGAUGGAAAAGCUAUGAGGUGGAGAGGGAAAGGGGAUAGGUAGUUGAGUGGUAAUAGUGUAGAUAUUGUACUCUUAUGAAAUUUUCUGCACUGAGAGUUGAAAAGUGAGAUGUGAUGAAGGAGAGAAAGUGUGUUAGUAGAAUCUGAGGCUGGUUAAAG